CCAUCAUCCCAACCCUCCAAGCUAUGUUGCUCAUUUUACCGACAUUCUAUUGGAGAGAGAGCAAAACGAAGAACGGAAUGUCUGGGUCCAGGCUUGACAUGAACUCCUAAGCGCAAUCGCACUCCAGCUACGUCUUGGUCGGAAACUUUCGCAACUUUCUAGAAGCGUUAUGUCUCACGUGGGCUAUAUAAACCCGACCAUUCGUUUCGACCACCCACUCUCUUCUUCAAACCACGCCCUUCACGAUCCCUACCCAUCCUUUCUACCUACCAUGAUUCUCUCUCGAGCUUUUUUCAACCUUUUCAUUCUCUCCUUCCAUCUCGUUCUUUCUCAGGAAAACCUCGCCCAGGCGUCUCCUCAAGAUCAAUGCGCUCAAGCCGACGAGAAAUGUGGAGGAAUGGAUGGGGUCGGGAAUACCAUCAGCUGUUGCGACGGGUUCAGCUGUACUGACGACAGCAAUGGCGAGGGCUUGUGUACGCCCAUCAUGGCUCCCCAGAGUCAGGGUCAAUGCGUUCAAGCCGAUGAAAGGUGUGGAGGGGAGGAUGCAAACGGCGUGGACUGUUGCGACGGUUUGCGUUGCGAUACCAGCGGGAAUGGCGAUGGACUGUGUAAACCCGCCGAUGUCAGCGAGUGCCUCGAACUCAACGUAAAGUGCAGAGGCGUCGGCGGGAAAAACUGUUGUGAAGGAACGAAGUGUGGAAAUGAGGGUGUAUGCGUCGAGUGUGCCGCAAAAGGUGAACCAUGCAACGUAAACAACGAUGGCUCUAGAACAUGCUGUAACGGUGUGUGCGGUUCCAAUGAACUGGGAGGAUAUUGUUAUUAGUGGAUACCGGUGGGCCACGUCGAACUGAGUAUUAGCAUUGUGAUAUUUUAUUGUGUUGACUACAUUUUCUCGUAUAUGUACAAGUCCUUUCUUGAUUUUUGAACGCAUGAACUAUCUCGAACUCCUCUCCAA